ACUGCGCUCGCGCCUCCUAGCCAGUAGAUAUCUCCUCCAACCCGACUUUUUGUUCCUCUCUUCCCAGUCUCGACUUUUCCUAGGUGAUUUCAGGCAUAACAUGAGUACCUAGGUCAUUUUGUACACCAUCGGCUGUACCAUUCUACUGUACUUUGCUAUAUAUAUGCCCUUGCGGCUCAAGACGAAAACAAACCGCGCAAGAUGGCCAUCGACAACGAUACCAAAGGAUGGAUCAUGACAUGCAUCAGCGGCAUUGCAUGUGUCAUAGGCUCCUCAAUCAUCUGCGUCGAUAUAGUGGCCCGUCAGUUUCCACGUUGGCGACACUUUUCGAUAUCCGAGAGUGAUGGAUUUCUCUCUGCGUCAUUAAGCCUCAGUUUCGGGGUUAUGUUGUUCUCCGCCCUCUACUCGAUGCUUCCACAAUCCAAGACGUAUUUUAAAGAUGCGGGCUAUUCGGCGCGAGCAGCAUCGUACCUCCUGAUCAUGCUGUUUUUGGCGGGCGUCAUAGGCAUUCAGAUCUUCUCCCGCGUGCUGCACCAAUUUAUCCCGUCACAUGUGGUGGACUGCGAUCACAGUCAUGACGACGAGGAGGCGAAGAAUCAUGAAGAAAUGUCGGAACAUGCCCAGGAUGAUGAACAUACGAACGGCCUCCCGAUAUCCAAAAAUCAACCCGCGCAGACGGAAGAGGAAGAUGAGGACACUCCUUUGCUUUCACGGACCACAAGUCUCAGCCCCAGAAAGCCCCAAUAUGACAGGACUGAGGAGAAUGGAUCAGACCGCCAGCCUACAUAUCACACCGCACAGACCCAUCGAAGGUCAUCAAUAAUGCCUAGAACGCUGUCGAGGACCCUUUCAAAAUACAUGGGGAGCCAAAAGGAGAAUUGUGAUGAGAACGGCCCAUGCAUGGGAUUUUCGGAUCCGUGUGGUCAGGACUGCUUCAAGGCAGUGCAACGGCGAGGCUCCGUGUUACCAGGUCACGGUCCUUUCUUGCGCUCACCCACGUGGCGCAGCGGUACGACUGAAGUGCGCGUGGGGCCGACACUGGGAGAAGUCGAUGAGAAUAUUUUGUCAAAUGGGUCGACUCUCGGACGGCACACGACUCACGAAGGCGACCCGAGGAGCUUGAAACCGGAAUUGCAUCGAACAAGGUCGUCAACGCAUCACUUCCACCACCCUGCGCACCAGCAUACGAGCGUGGGGGAGUCCGAACGUCGACCGUCUCUGCAUUCGCAGUCGGGCGGGCAUGAACACCAUCAUCACGUCCCCACCAAUGCGUUCAUGUCAAUUGGUCUGCAAACUUCAUUGGCCAUCGCCUUGCACAAGGCUCCGGAGGGCUUCAUUACAUAUGCAACCAAUCACGCAAAUCCUCAGCUUGGUUUUGCCGUCUUCAUGGCGUUAUUCAUCCACAACAUAACGGAAGGUUUCGCAAUGUCUCUGCCUCUUUAUCUCGCGCUUGGCUCCAGAUUGAAAGCCAUUGCGUGGUCGUCAUUUCUGGGCGGCAUUUCACAACCACUUGGAGCCGCGAUUGCAGCUUUGUGGUUCAAAAUAGCCAACAGAAGCAGCUUGGGUGCUCCCACUGAAGGAGUCUAUGGUGGGAUGUUUGCAGUCACGUCAGGCGUGAUGACCAGCGUCGCAUUGUCGCUGUUCUCGGAAAGUCUGCAGCUCAGUCACAACAAGAGCACAUGUAUCGCCUUUGCUUUCUUGGGUAUGGGCAUUUUGGGAUUUAGCUUUGCGCUGACGGCGAAAUAGAUUCCUCGGGGUGUUCAAAGCUCUCUGAUCAAUAUAUUUUUAACCCCUGAUGAUUCAACAAUGAGUAUGAUGACCACCUGGACUUUCAGUCUCGGGAGAAGCAGCAUGCAAGUGACCAUUCUUGUUGAGCAUUGUGUCUUCCAUCUACAGUUAGGAAGAAUGAUUUCACUAGGCGUCUGUACUGGUACCUGUUUCCAGGAGAAUCUCACAGGGCCUGCCACAUGUCAGCCUCGUCAAAGCCCCCAAGGAUACCAGUCCAGGCAAACAGUCGAUGGAAACCGUAGUUAGAACAGUCCAAAUGCAGUUGCAAAUCUCUUCGCUUGACAAACAAGUCCUCGACUGGACGAUAGCCUUGAUUCCAACAUAUGCCUACGACUUGAGAUAAUGGCCCUCCAGAGUAAAACG